AUGGAACCUGAGCACACUCAUGGCGUUGCAAUGAGCGAGACACCCAAAACUUCAUAUGGGGACACUCUGCGCUUAUCUCAGAAGGAUACAGACAACAGUGAGGAGGUUUUAAAAACCACAAAUACUAAGAGAGACAAUCUUAGUUCUCUUAUUGAGAUUCUUCUAUACUAUGUUGUUGUUGUUGUUGUUGUUGAAUUGCUUCUUUUGGUCCUUAGAGUUCUUAACAACCAACUACUACUAGAUAAGGGUUCUAUUGGUGCUUGUAGUAGAUAUUAUCAUCACACAAGUUCUCAACAUGAUGGGGAAUCCUUGCCAAACGGUUACCUUAGAACAGAAGAACAUUCGAAGUGUUUACCCUUGGAACCUUUCGAUAUCUGCCAAACCAAAAUUGCAUCAUCCCCUUCUUUACUUGCACAAAACAGAAAGGAAAGGAAGGAGGUAGCAGAGUGGUUCAACAACAGCGAAAAACUUGUGUUGAGGGAUGGAAUGAUCAAGAUUAUUAAAAAAUGUCAGGAACUUGGCCUUGGGCCUGGAGGAUUCUAUCAACCUGUUUUAAAAAAUGGUGUCAAACUACCUCGGCAGAUAAUGUGCUUUGGGAAGGAUUGGAACCCACAAUCGAGUUCAUAUAAAGCUAGAAGGGCAUUUGAUGGUGCAUGUCCUCCAAGUAUCCCUAUUGAAUUCAGGGAUUUGGUUGAAGAUGCAAUUCAAGAUUCCCAUACCUUUCUAAAGCAACAGUUGAAACUUUGGAAUGCAGAGGAGAUUAUGUCACCAGACAUCUGCCUUGUCAAUUUCUACACAGAGACUGGGAUGGGUCUCCAUCAGGAUAAAGAUGAAAGUAAAGAGAGUCUAAGAAGUGGAUUAUCUGUUGUCUCCUUCUCCAUUAGUGACUCAGCAGAGUUCUUAUAUGGAGACACCAGAGACACUGAAACGGCAGAGAAAGUUAUUCUGGAGUCUGGUGAUGUUCUAAUAUUCGGAGGCAAAUCUAGGCUUAUAUAUCAUGGGGUGAGACGUAUUAUCCCAAACUCUGCUCCAAGUUUUCUAGUUGAAGAAGCAAACCUUCAUCCUGGACGUAUUAAUUUAACGUUUAGAUAG